AUGGACACGGAGGGUCACCAUGUACAAGAAUCUGAAUUCACAACCCCAACUUGGCUGGAAAUGGGUGCCUUUACGGCAACCCCUCACAAUUCGCCUCCAAUCCCCGACUUCCACGGCUUUGCCUAUAGCUCCUCGCCCGUCAUGACCCUGGAAGCCUCGUCCUAUGGCAUGUCAAUCCCACCACCGUACGCUUCGCUGCCGCUGGCGAUUCCGUCGCACCCAUGGCCCAGUCUGCUCACCACGCAACCGCAGUAUUCCGAGAUUGCGGUGGCCCCAGUCUCAAUGGCCCCAGCCCUCUCGCAUACUGCGCCUUUGCCUUCAUCUCGCAAGUCCUCGACCAGUGGAUCCACGCCCCGUCGAACGCUGACAGAUGACGACCGUCGACGCAUGUGUUUAUAUCACGAGGAGAACAAAACCGCUAAACAGACGGAUAUUGGAGCGCUAUUUGGAGUGGAGCGAAGUACGGUGUCCAAAGUGUUGCGCCAGAAAGAAAAGUAUUUGAACCCUGAGGAUGGCAGCCGAUCUCCGAUCAAACGACCAAAAGGCCGAGUGCCCGACAUUGAAAAGGCCCUCUCCAACUGGGCGAGGAAUUAUCAGCGUCAGGGAUAUCCCAUCUCGGACGAGAUGAUCAGAGAAAAGGCCCUCUUCUUUGCCAGUACCUGCGGUAGCCCGGACGGGAAAGAGAAGGUUCUGAGUACCACCUGGUUGGAGAAGUUCAAGAAUAGGAACAAUCUGAUGGGGGCCAAGUCGCGGAAGAGCUCGAGUGAAACCAUCAAGAGUGAAACGGGCAGCCCUAUCCGACUUAAUACUAAUACCACCAUCGAUUCCACCGCCCAGACGCCCGGUGGAGGAGUCUCUCCCGUUUCCACAACCAGCCUUACGAUGUCACCAUUGUCGCCCACCCGAAGCCAGGAAGCCCUCAAGAAAGAGCUCGCGGAAGCCUUGGCCGAGUUUAGUCCCGAGUACACCCCUGCGCAUGCUAAAAGCUUGACCUCGCUCGACAUGGCAGCCCUCUCCACCGGUGUCACCAGCCCAUCCUCUACAUUGGUGUCAACCAGCCCGUUCACGCCGACCAGCCAGUCUCACAUUGCCGCCAGUAACACCAACCGACCACGGAGCCAGACUUUCCCCGUGGCGUCGGUCGAUCCGAGCCUGAUUACGGCGGAUGGAUCCCUCAACACGAAGGGGGCGCUGCAGCAAUCCUUGUCCCUAUCGAUCCUCGAGUCGCCUCUGGAGGAAGAAGACGAGGACCACAAGUUCCCAGUGUCCUCGGACGAAACAACCCCCGCCAGCAUCGAGUCAAAGAUGACGCCCAUGUUCCCACCUCCCUUCCUCUCCAAAUCAGCCUCGGUCUCGCCCGUGAGCCCCCCAGAGUCCCCCUCACAGGACGAGGCUCGGCGUGCGUUGGAAUUGGUCUGGAAUUACUUCCAAAAUCAACCCAAUGGCCUGGUUGCACAGGAUUUCAUGACCAUUGGCAAACUCAUGGAGCGGCUCGCACUAAGCCACUCAAACGCCUUACCCGGAGGAUUCGCACGGAUCGAAGAGCACAAUAUUUCCCGGGUGAGCAAGAAACGAAGCAUCCAUACGUUGGGCUAG